CGGGGAUGGGCGCGCGCGCCAGCGGGCCUGCGGGGCUGGAGCGGGCGUGCGAGGGGGCCUGUGACCGUGGGAGACCAUGUCACAACGUGCGUGCGCCUGUGUGUGCCUGUGCGAGCGUCUGUGACCAUGACAGUGACGCUCUGUUUUUCCAGACACUGCCCUUCCAUUGAGGAGCCUGAAGGAGGUGGACAGAAGAGCUGUCAUAAAUUCUUAAAUUCUUAAAGCCAUGUCCAAGGAUUUGGUGACAUUUGGGGAUGUGGCCGUAGAUUUCUCCCAAGAGGAGUGGGAGUGGCUGAACCCUGCUCAGAGGAAUUUGUACAGGAAGGUGAUGUUGGAGAACUAUAGGAGCCUGGUAUCAUUGGCAGGAGUUUCAGUUUCUAAGCCAGAUGUGAUCUCAUUAUUGGAACAAGGAAAAGAGCCCUGGAUGGUGAAGAAGGAGGGGACAAGAGGCACAUACCCUGAUUGGGAGUAUGCAUUUAAAAACAAUGAAUUUUCAUCAAAGCAAGUUAUUUAUGAAGAAUCAUCCAAAGUACUGACAAUGGGAAGAAGCCAUCUUAGUUAUAGCCUUGACUGCCCCAGUUUGAGAGAAGACUGUAGAUGUAAGGACUGGUUUAAGAACCAGUUAGGCAGUCAGGAGGUACAUUCUAGACAACUGAUCACCACUCAUGAAGAAAUCCUCACUGAAGAUAAAAGUAAUGAAUAUACUAAAUCUUGGCAAACUUUCCAUCAGGAUGCAAUAUUUGAUAUAAAACAGAAUUUUCCCACCAAAGAAAGAGUACAUAAGCAUGAGCCACAAAAGAGAAACUACCGAAAAAAAUCUGUUGAAAUGAAACAUAAGAAAGUCUGUGUACAAAAGAAACUUUUGAAAUGUAAUGAAUGUGAGAAAGUUUUCAACCAGAGCUCAUCUCUUACUCUUCAUCAGAGAAUUCAUACUGGAGAGAAACCCUAUGCAUGUGUUGAAUGUGGGAAAACCUUCAGCCAGAGUGCAAACCUAGCUCAACAUAAGAGAAUACAUACUGGGGAGAAACCUUAUGAAUGUAAAGAAUGUAGGAAAGCCUUCAGCCAGAAUGCACACCUUGCUCAACAUCAGAGAGUUCAUACUGGAGAGAGACCUUAUCAGUGUAAAGAAUGUAAAAAAGCCUUCAGCCAGAUUGCACACCUGGCUCAACAUCAGAGAGUUCAUACUGGAGAGAGACCUUUUGAAUGUAUUGAAUGUGGAAAGGCCUUUAGUAAUGGUUCAUUUCUGGCUCAGCAUCAGAGAAUUCAUACAGGAGAGAAACCUUAUGUAUGUAAUGUGUGUGGGAAAGCCUUUAGCCAUCGUGGAUACCUAAUAGUACAUCAGAGAAUUCAUACCGGAGAGAGACCUUAUGAAUGUAAGGAAUGUAGGAAAGCUUUCAGCCAAUAUGCACACCUUGCUCAACAUCAGAGAGUUCAUACUGGAGAAAAACCUUAUGAAUGUAAAGUAUGCAGGAAAGCGUUCAGCCAGAUUGCAUACCUUGAUCAACAUCAGAGGGUUCAUACUGGAGAGAAACCCUAUGAGUGUAUUGAAUGUGGGAAGGCCUUUAGCAAUAGUUCAUCACUUGCACAACAUCAGAGAAGUCAUACUGGAGAAAAACCUUAUAUGUGUAAGGAAUGUAGGAAAACAUUUAGCCAGAAUGCAGGCCUUGCUCAACAUAAGCGAAUUCAUACUGGAGAGAAACCUUAUGAAUGUAACAUUUGUGGGAAAGCCUUCAGCUACAGUGGAUCUCUUACUCUACAUCAAAGAAUUCAUACAGGAGAGAGACCCUAUGAAUGUAAAGAUUGCAGAAAAUCUUUCAGGCAGCGUGCCCACCUUGCCCAGCAUGAGAGAAUUCAUACCAUGGAGUCAUUCUUGACUCCUUCCUCUCCCUCACCCUCUAUGUCCAGUCAGUUGCCAAGACCUGUAGGUUUUAUCUCCUAAAAAUGCCUUGAACCAGACUCCUUUAAUCCAUUUCCCUUCCAUUAUCUUUGUCCAAUACACAGUAAUCUAUUUCAUAUGGACUAUGGAAAUAACUUUCUGAUUGGUCUCCCUGUAUUUACCAUUUCCUUUGUCAGUUGCCUACACUGUAGUCAAACUUGUACUUUAAAAGUUUGACGAUAUCACUUCUUCAUUGGUACCCUUCAUUGGUAUCCCAUAGUUCUUAGGUUAAAGCACACAUUCCUCAAAAUAGCGUAAAAGACCCCCUGCCCCAGAUACCUUGUUCCAUUUAUACCUUACAAAGUACUGUUUUGUGUCAAAAUCCAUCUAAUUCUUUGGACAAUUAAGAACUCCUAUUCCAGCAUCAAACAGAUCUGGGUUCUAAUCCUUGCUCUUCCAUUUUCUAGCCCUCUAGUUUUAGAGAAACAUUUUGUCCUUUGUAAGGUUCAGUCUUAUUUAUAUUAUGGGAAUAAUAAUGGUACUACCUCAAAAGUUGAUGGGAGAAUUAAAUGAGAGAAUGCAUGUAAAUUGCUCAGAGUGCCUAGCAUAAAGUAAUCACUUAAUAAACAUUACUGUAAAAUGAA